AUGCGGAAGGUGGGAAUGGGGGAGCUGGGUACUAAAGAUGGGUGGGAAUGGACAGAGACAGAUGAUGGCAAAUUCACCACCAAAUCUGCCUACGACGUAAUCAAGUCAAGAAGAAACGAGAGUACUCACCACGCUGAUGACAAGUGGAGAAUGGCGGAGGUCUGGAAGACGCCCGCGCCUCAUAAAGUCACGGUUACAACAUGGAGAUUACUUCGGAAUCGUUUACCGACGUGUGACAAUAUUAGAAAGAGGGGAGUACUCUUGGCUGAAGAAGAUCAGGCGUGUCAACAUUGCAACGAACAAGAUGAGAAUGCUUCCCAUCUGUUCACCACCUGCACAAAAACACAGGAGAUUUGGGAUGAAAUCCAAAAAUGGUGUGGGAUUAGCAUGGCCAGACCAGCUUCGACAGCAAUGCAUUGGGAAAUGUUCGGUCAUUGUGGAAAGAAGAAAAAGAUCCGGAAGCUGCUGAAUAUGAUUUGGAUCGGAUGUGUUUGGAUGCUAUGGAAGAAAAGAAAUGAGAGAAUAUUUGAAGGAAAAGAGACGAUAGUCGGUGACUUCAUUCAGGAAAUCAAAGCUAGAACUUGGGGAUGGAAUCGCACCUUCGGUGUUGUGGAUAUUGAUAUGAAUUUUGUAGAGUGGAGCGCUAACGAUCUCAUCUCUCGACUUGUAUAA